CGGAGCAGGGCGCAUGGCGGCGGCGCUGCGCCGCGAGCUGGAGCUCAAGCACCGCUCCAUGGCCGAGGAGGAGCCCAGCGGCAACCAGCCCGGGGCGGCGGCGGCCCGCAGCAGCGCCGGGUCUCGCUGGGGCCCGCAGCACGCCGGGGCCCGCCGCCUGGCCCAGCUCUACUCGCCCGGUAAACGGUUGCAGGAAUGGGUUUCUGUUAUCCUUUGCAUAAUCUUGGUCACAGUUGACUUUCUGCUCCUGUUAAUCCAUUUUUCAGCAAAUCAUCUUUAUAAAAUAAUAGCAGGUGUAGAGUGUCUACAUGAAUCUUCUUCAGAGAGGAGAGAGGCUGGUAUGUGGAGUAGGAGGAUUCCAUUGCUAUCUUCUCCUAUGCAUGGCCCAGCAGCAGUAUCCCAUCAGUGUCCGACAGCAGGAGUUGCUGGAAUUAUUACAGCUGAUUUUGCCUCAGGCAUGGUUCACUGGGGAGCUGAUACCUGGGGUUCCGUUGAUAUCCCUGUCAUUGGCAAGGCAUUUAUCAGGCCAUUUAGAGAGCAUCAUAUUGAUCCAACAGCAAUAACCAGACAUGACUUCAUUGAGACCAAUGGAGAUAACUGUUUGAUAACCAUAAUUCCACUGGCCUUCAUGUUACAUAAAUUCCUUUUUCAAACACCAGAAUAUAUACAUGAGACAUAUGCUUGGGAGUGCUUUAUGUUUGCGCUAGCUAUUUUUGUCACAAUGACUAAUCAGAUUCAUAAGUGGUCCCAUUCCUAUUUUGGGCUGCCUCCAUGGGUCACCGUUUUGCAAGAUCUGCACAUCAUUUUACCGAGGAACCACCACAGAAUCCAUCACGUAGCACCCCAUGAAACCUAUUUUUGCAUCACUACAGGCUGGUUAAAUUACCCGUUGGACAGAAUAGGAUUUUGGAGGAAAAUGGAAAAUAUUAUAGAAGCAUUAACAGGUCAGAAACCUCGAACUGAUGAUUUACAGUGGGCAUGGAAGAUGCAAUAAAGCACUCUUAAAAAAAAACAAAAAACUAAUAUGUCAUCUACAGGAAACAAGCAUCUCUUUAGCACAGUGGAUUUUAAUCUUUGGCACAAUGUGUUAUGAAAACUUGGAAAUUCUGCAGAGCACUGUUUGCAAUGUCACAGAAGAAUUUGAUGAUUUGCCAGCUUGGAUAUCUUUAAGAGUUGAAACACAUUGAUAUUUGGAACAUACAACCAUUGAAUGUAAUUGCUAAUCUUGAUUGGUUUUCAGAGACUAUUAUGCCUGAUGUUGUAUUUAUUAGGACGUGUGUAUCCUGUUACUGUACUUGGGUGGAUACUCACAAUGCAUCUGACUUCUUAAAUGUACUCAGAAAAAAAAAGAUAUAUGGCUUGAGUGUAAGUAAGAUACAUAAAUUGGCUUUGUGCCAUUGUUUACUGAAGAGUUUGUGUCGUUUAAUUUGCAUGAUACAAUGUUUCAGGAUAGGGCUAAGGACUAAUUUGACUUUAUUUUUAAACAGCCAAAUUUUAAACUUCUGUGUUUUGGUCAUGAUUUUUAAACUGAGAUUCCAUUUUUGUUGUCACAGUUUGGAACCCACAAUGAUUUGGUCACUCAGUUUUCCCCUUUAAUCCAUUCCUUCAUCUAUUUUCCUACAGGUAUAAAAUGUGGAGGCAGUCUACUGUAGGUACAAAAUUGCACCAAUAGAAAAGAAGCUCAAGUUUGAAAAUGAUGCCUUUUACACGGUUUAAUGCUAGGAAGUCUUAACCACUGUUGUUUGUUGUUGUUAAAUGUUUAUAUUUCAGAGGUUCAAAUCCAAAUUAGUGGUUUCCAUUUUGUAGGAUCUGCACAAGGACAUAGUACCUACCUCAAUGAUCUUAUGAUUUGAGUAGACAAGCAACAUACAAAUAAUGGGGUCCAUAACUGUGGUUUUAAAUUCUUUUUAUGCCUUUCAAAAUCAAGACGUUAAUUUUAGUUAAAUUAAGAUUUCAAUGAGAGAAAUAUGUGCAUCUUAAAGCCAUUUGUAAUAUACUUAUCAAUUGAAAACCCCUUAUCAAAUUGCUAGAGUGGGACAUAUUGUAGGGUGGUGGUUUUUUUUUUUUUUUUUUUUUAAGGCUAGGAAGCAGAUUUACCAUGUGUCCUGAUUCUGGUUUCACGCUUAUAUAUGCUGGUGUAAUGGUGUUGAUUUCUAUGACAUUGUAUCUGACUGACCCUUGAUGAAGAAAUGAGAUAAAAACCAGUCUCUGGUUCUUAAACUUGGAAUCUAUCUUUCACCUGCUGUCCCAACCCCCCAAAAUGUUUUUUUUAAAUAUCUUGGGAAUGGGGCAGAAUUUAUAUUCAGAAAGAGCCAAAAUGCUAGUGUGUCAAUCUAGCUACCCUGGUUGGUAGAGCCCCUCCGCAUCUGAUCAGCGAUCCGCAAGCAUGGUCUUGCGGAUACCACCGAUACAAAGCAGCUAUCUGCAGAUUUGCAGAGAUCUACUGAUUGGAAAGGGGCACUCUUGCGUGUGUUAAAUCAUUAGGAGGAGAGAGUAGGGGAUUUUUCAUUUGCAGAGCCUUGAAUAGUGUUCAUCUGCAAAAUGGUAUGGUGCUAGAUUAACAGUGCUGAACAGUUAAGAACUUUGUCUCUCCUUAAAGGCUAAUCAUCAGCAAUACAGGUUUGUGGUAAUAAUUCAGCUGUUCAUUUUAGGCACCAGCCAUCCAUGAUCAUGACUGCAGCCAAGUCUCAGACUAAACAAAAAUGCCUGUUGUUUAUUUCUGUUGUCCUGCAAGAUUUUCCUCCCAGUAAA